AAAAACAUAAUGUGCACAAAGUUUACAACAUACAAUGCACUCAUGUUGAAUUUAAAAGGCAAAAUAAAGUUUAAAAGAAAAUGACUACUUACUGUGGUAUUCCCGAUAUAGAAUAAAUUGUCUAUUAUGUCAUAACCCUUUUUUAAAAAAAGUUUAAAAAAUAUUAGGAAAAAAAACCUCUAUUUUUGUAGUUUCUUUUAAGCAGUGAACAUAAAAUGUCUUCUAAUGCAAGGUGACAAGAAAAUACACACAUGUAAAAAACAUAAAACCACCAAUAUGGUUAAAAUCAAAUAAUUAUAGAAAUGUAGCGCAUAAACAAAAAGAAAGGAGCAGAGAAACAAAACAAGGACACAAAACAAAAGAUAUGUCUGGUGGUCAGACAAGAAAGUAUCUGUAAAAGUAUAAGAUUUACUUUGUCCCAGCUCACUUGACUUCCUCUUUUAAACUCACUAAUCCAGGAGGUGGCAGUAUGAUCCCAUCUUCAGCUGAAGAAGCAGUGAAGGGUGAGCACUUUAUUUUUAAAUAAGAGGAUUGUAAAACGUGUUUUUUUGGGCAGAUUUCUUUUCUCAUGUACUAUAAAAUCAUUAACACAAAUCAUCAUUUAAAAUCACAGGACCCCCAGUAGUCUUUUCGCAACUGUAGUGAUACUGAUGAUUCACACACUGAGUCAUCCAAUUACAGUGUGUGAUGAGUCAUGAAGCCGCUCGGGAAGUAAUCCACAACCUGUUCUAGAGGUAGCAGGAAGUGGUUGCUGGAAUUAGGCAAUGUGGAUGAAUUCGUUUCAUCAUUUAGACUGAAUCAUAAAUCCAGACAAGUUUGGCAAAAGGAUAAUUGGGUUUUGGGAAAACAAAAGCAGUGCCCACAAACUCUACAGCUUCCUGAUGCAAUACGAUUUUACAUCAGUGAUAAAGCAGUAGAGGUCAAACUCAUUUGCUGCCCCUGCUUUCCUUAACUUCCACCUAGAAUGUGUCACCUGUCCGAGGUGAGACAGCCUAACAUGGGUCUCUGGUGCACGUCCCCUUUUUUUAACCUGACGGUGCAGAACCAAGUAGCAUAAGACGAGAUGAAUGAAUUUGUUUGCCUGGAAAGGUGAGCUGCUGGAGGCACUCAAUAAUUCAGUGUUUGUAACAGACGGUGCAUCAGUGGGUGAACACGCGCGGCUAUGCCUGAUUGAUAGUCCCUGCCAAAACAAAAAACUGAACCCCAUUAUUCAUAUCGUAAUAGGAUCCGUGGAAACUCUGCGGCCCGUUGUCUCUGUUGUCUCAACUGUAAUAAUUUGGCAGCGGGAGGUACAACUAUGAAUUUCUGACCUUGGGUUUACGUGCUGCGUGUUGAUAUUUGACUUCGCAAACAUUGAUGGUUUCAAGGCUUUUAUUUGACAUUUGACUUCUGAAGAGCCAUAAAUAGUGCUCUCCUAUUCAUCCAUUAUUCAUGGGUGCGUAACUGAGGAUGCCAAUUUGACUUCAAGGCUUAUUAAACGUACACCUGAUAAUGCCUGUUAUAAAGGGCAGGGCAGCUAUCACACUAGAGGAACCCUGGCUCACCUGUCAGGGGGACCCAGCUAUUGUUGGAAGUGUUUGUGAACACAAGAGCCCUUAGCAUGCCAAACCCCUUCAAGUCUGUGAGCAGGCAAACACCUUCGAUCCUCUUACUGAGGGAAUAUUUGAAAAUAUGGGUGGUGUGUUGGUAUGUAGAUGUUUUUGAUGACAGGUAUGUCUACAAAUCAUAUGAUCAGAGAUAAAAGAAGACACAUAUUUCUCUAUUUUAUGGUGUUAGUACACAUUUUGGCAUCUUUUCAGCCAGAGUAAUCUCCCAACUUGAUUGCCGUGGUUGCCCUCUAACCCUUUCUGCAGUUUUUAUCACUGCAAUUGAACUCUGCUCUCCCACCAGCUAUAACACAGAGCAAAAAGCAAACACACACCCUAUAAGGUGCAUGUGCACAUACAAAUGCAUGCAAAGACACACACAUGCGCGCAGAGGCAUAUCUCAUUACCAUCCUCCUGAUAGUGCAGCCAGUGGGUGUUGCAAGAGGAGGAGGGAAGGAGAGCAAGACAGUGAGCUUGAGAGAGAGAGGGAGAGAGGACGAGGACAGGCAGAGAACCAGAGCUAUAGAGAAGGAGAGCACGAACACUCAACAAGAUAACAGGAGAUACGCGUGGGAACAGCUGCCCACUGGAAGAAGAGAUAUAGACAGAGCUGGGUGUGUGUGUGUGUGUGUGUGUGUGUGUGUGCGUGUGUGUGAGCGAGCUCCGUGUGUUUCCACGGUUCUCCUGAGGCCGUGGCAGCCAUGGCGUCAGAGCCUAGCACCCAGUCCAGGGUGAUGUUCCAGGCGACGGACAAAACAGAGGAGCCGGCGCAUCGCAAGCUGGGCAAGCUGACAGUCAAAUACAACCGCAAGGACCUGCAGAGGAGGCUGGAUAUCGAGGAGUGGAUCGACGGGCAGCUGCACCUGCUGUUUGACUGUGAGGAGGAAGAGAUUCCAGAGUUAGAGAUCGACAUAGAUGAGCUCCUGGAGCUGACAGAUGAGGGGCAAAGAACCCGUCUGCAUGAGCUGUUGCAGGAAUGCGGAAAGCCAAAAGAGGAUUUUAUCAACGGGCUGCUCUACAGGAUAAAGGGUCUACGCAAAAUGUCAGGUCCCUUGAAGAAAUAAUCAUAGGUCAAAUAAAAAAAAUCAAGACAAUGUGGAGCCUCUUAUCUUCCCACCUCCCUCCCGUUAGGGUUAGGGUUGACUGUAACAUGUCAGCGGGACUCUCUUCCUACCCUCUCCUUCCCCCACCCCACCCCCACCCGCUCGUCCUGGGUCAGCAUCAGUCUUAACACCAGAGCAGUCGGGUUUUGAAUGGAGUUUUUUUUUUUUUGUAUUAUUUCACUUUAAUUUAUGGACUGCUGUAACAUUUUGUCUCCCAUAAACAUAUAAAUAAUGCACAUGUGAUAAAAGUUGUACUGACUAUUACUCAGACGGACCUUUUUUUU